GCACGUCCCCGAAGCUGUAUCCACUGUCGCCAACGAAAGAUCAAAUGUGAUCGCCAACACCCUUGUUGUCAAUGCGUCCGAUCUAAGCUGGAAUGCGUCUUCCCGACCGGUCGAGGUAGAGCCGUCAAGAAGCCUCUCAAAGACCCCAGCUCAAGCGAUGCGGGCGUUGAUACUCCGAUCGAGAACCAACUUGGUCGUCUGAUGAUUGACGACACCAGGAGCUACUAUGUUAGCAAUAUCCUCUGGACAAACCUAGGAAAUGAGAUUGAAGAACUGCGCGACAUGCUCCACGAAUCUGUGUCUGAAGACGAAGACUACCCUCCCACAGAAGUUGCCGAGUCUACAACAGGCCCAUCUCCAGGAACCAGUGGCGCUCUCCUCGGGUUCCGAUCCCUUUCUCACUCCCUCAAGUCGUUUCACCCUCCGCUCCCACAGUCAGUCACCCUCUUCAGGCUGUUUAGCGAAAACGUGGUUCCUCUGGUGCACUUGUUCCAUAUGCCGACCACCAGGCGCAUGUACUGGGAUGCUGUCGUGUCGGACUCUCUUGAUAGAAACACAGAAGCUUUGUUGUUCGCCAUUUACUAUUCAGCUGUCAUCAGCAUGGACGAAGACCAAUGCAUGAGUGUCACCGGUCUCACACGAACAAGCGCACUGGACAAGUACCGCUUUGCGUUUGAACAGGCUAUGGCUCGAGCAAACUUUCUCUGCACGCAGAGCAUGACCCUCUUGCAGGCAGUGGUGCUAUUCCUAUCUGCGCUGCGCAACGAAGAUGAGUCACGUACAACUUGGUCUCUCACGUCUCUCGCCUUCCACAUCGCUCAAGCCAUGGGGCUCCACAGAGACGGUGCAGUCUUCGGACUCAAGCCACUCGAAGUUGAGCUUCGACGACGUCUAUGGUGGCACAUCUGCCUCAUAGACAUACGAUCAUCCGAAUUCCACGGCUACGAGCCUGUUGCUCGGGAGUCUUCUUUCGACACAAAGCCUCCGCUCAACAUCAACGACUGCGACAUCAAUGCUCAGAUGAAAGAUCCCCCACCCGAACAUGAAGGUGCUACAGAAAUGACUUUCUGCCUAGUCCGAUGCGAAGCCAUUAGAUCUGGGUGGAAGGUAGCCUACGCGCCUCCGAGCAUGCGAACCACAGGAUCCUCGGAGGAUACCAUGUCAGCUGCGGACCGUGAGGCGGAGCCAUCUCUUCUUACAAAGCGGCUAGAAGAGGGUUAUUUACGAUACUGCGAUACUUCAGUUCCGUUCUUGUUCCUCGUCUCAAUAGUCACGCGGCUCAUUCUGGCAAGGUGGUGGCUCGUCGUUCACUACCCUGCGCGAGACAAGAGAAAUUCCGACCCGGCUCUUCGUAAUAAGCUCUUCUCAACCGCUGUCGAAGUCCUCGAGAUGUCUGUCAAAGUUCUCACGACUAAAUCAAUUGCCCAUUGGACGUGGCACUCCAAAACACACAUCCAGUGGCAGGCGUGUGACCGGGCCUGGGAACUGGUCAACCUCGUUCACGAUUGGUGGAACAUGAAAGAGCGCAGCAAGAAGGGUAACCUGUGGAGACCUAUCAACAGGCUCAUGGCCAAGGCUCGCUACGUCCGAGAGAUGCAGAAGAUA